AUGGUUGGCCAGCUUGUGGUUGUGAUAACAGUUCUUGAUUAUGAACAGAGAAAAUAUAUAAAAAGUCAAAAGAUCAAUAUGUUAUCUGCACAACCUGCAACAUACAGUAGUGCAUUUAUUGACAUGUUACAGACCUGUACUGAAAUUUCAUAUAAGAUUCAUGACAUGGUUGAGAUGGAAUUAUCUGCAAUACCUCAAAAGUCUCUGUCAAAAAGUCAUAAUCUUGGUAAACAACAAAUCUACUCCAUGGAGAAUAUCAUUCAUAAUAUACAUGUUAUUUCAGCAACAGAAGACAAGUCUUCACACAGAGGCAAAAGACUUUUUUAUGUGAACAACUAUAUUGACUGGAACCAGUAUACAAGUCUAUAUGAUCUGGAUUUUAUGAACACCAGUACAGCACUAGUAAAUAAGUUUUCCUUUAAACUUCAACAAGAGAUGAUGAAUAGAAAAGCAAAAUCUGAUGGAGAAUCUGAGAAAGAAUUAACUGAGUAA